AUGGGGAGUGGUGGGGUUUGUGAUUGGGUGAAUUUGGGGAAGGGAUUGGAGGAGGGGGUGAAGGAGGAGAGAAGGAGGGUUAUAAUUGGAAGAAUUGAUGUGAUGUUUGGGUGGGGUGGGGGGGGUGGGGUUUAUGGGGGGUGUUUGGGUGGGUGGGGAUGGGAGGGUAUUGUGGUGGUGGGGGGGGGGGAGGAUGUGGAUUGUUGGUUUGGUUGGGGGGGGGGUAUGAAGGUAUUGUGGGGGGUUGGGGGGGUUGGGGUUGUUGUUGUGGUUGUUGUUGUUAUUGUUAUGGGGGGGGGGUUUGAAUAUGGGUGGGGUUGA